GGUUUUUGCUUCUAGGCUUUGUCCCCUCGUCAAUCAAAGAUUUGAAGGUUCAUUAUUCGGUUUUGGGACAAUUUUGUGAAGAUGAAGCCGAUUUUCUGCGGAAAUUUCGAGUACGAGACUCGUCAAUCCGAUCUGGAGAGGCUGUUCGGUAGAUAUGGAAGAGUUGAGCGUGUUGAUAUGAAAUCUGGAUUUGCUUUUGUUUACUAUGAGGACGAGCGUGAUGCUGAAGAUGCCAUUCAUGCUCUUGAUAAUACCCCAUUUGGAUAUGACAGACGCAGGCUGUCGGUGGAAUGGGCUAGGGGUGAGCGUGGUCGACCUCGUGAUGGCUCCAAGUCUAUGGCGAACCAGCGACCAACUAAAACACUAUUUAUAAUCAACUUUGACCCCAUCCGUACAAGGGUCCGCGAUAUUGAGAGACACUUUGAGCCUUAUGGAAAUGUUCUCCAUGUUCGUAUCCGGCGCAACUUUGCUUUUGUGCAGUUUGAAACACAAGAAGAAGCCACAAAAGCUUUGGAGUGUACACACAUGAGUAAAAUAUUGGACAGGGUGGUAUCAGUGGAGUAUGCUUUGAGGGAUGAUGGAUCCCGAUCAAUGAGCCCUAGAGGAGAUUAUGGUCGUCGCAUUGACAGUCCUUACAGGAGGUCACCAAGUCCUUAUAGGAGGGGUCGACCAAGUCCUGAUUAUGGGCGAGCCCGUAGCCCUGUCUACGAUAGGUACAGUGGACCAUCCUACGACAGACCCAGGAGCCCUGCAUAUGGGAGAUAUCGCAGCAGGUCUCCUGUUGGAAGGUCAAGAACUUGAGAAAGUGUAGCUAGUAGUGUGAUGGUCAAACAGCAGGUGGCAGACUUAAUAUUACAUAUAUUUCAUCCUAGUAGUUUUAUGCAUACUAUGUUGGUUGUGUUAGUAUAUCUGUUUAUGUACAUGAUAUUGUAUAACUUUUGGGAGUUAUCAGUUGAUAGUAAUUGAAUAUAUGUAUGUACCUACUUUAGAUCU